AUGGACCAUACAGACGGCCUGGAUGCCUUCAAGAAACUCUUGGAGGGCGGUAGCCCUGACAAGACCCUGAAGCGCCAGUGCCUGAUGAUUCUAGCCGAGCAAUGUGCGGCGCUGCAACUUGACUGGGAGAGCGCACGCUUUGCUCUCCAGCAAGUGCUGGAUGGCAUGUUCUGGCCAAUCAGAAGGUCGCAGGAAAUGCAGAAAGAAGCCUUCCGUGAAUGCCUCGACCUCACACUAGACAUCGCCGACAGUCAUGGUCUAUUCUUUGGCUGCUACGAGAUCGUGACCCCUGCGCUGGCAGCCUCUGCGCUGCAGCAGCUGCUGGAGGUGAUCGAUGGUCACACAAGCAGGAAAUCAGAGAUGUUGCAGAUUCUGAGCCAGGAGCUCUCUCGGAAGGUUGGCGCACAUCCUUGUGCCGGAUUGCCACUGACUGCCUGGGUGGAAUGGUCCGGAAGUGUAGAAGACGCCUCUGGCUCCCCAAGCUCCUUGCCCUUCCUGCUGUACGCGGCCCUGCGCACCGACACAGGCCGGAAGCUCCUGGAUCUGGACCAAGUCAACGGCUCCUACAGGCUGGACGUUCUGGAUGAGCUGCGUCGGGAGAAGGGAAGGCAGCAAAAUGCCGGCGACGCCACUGUGUACGCGGCUGUGCGGCGGGCAGCGCGGUACCAUCUCCUCAUCGAGGCGGUUGCUGAGAAAGUCGCCCGCGGGCCGAUCACUCCGGCAGAGCUCAGCGUCCUGCUGGACGUUGUGGGAUGCGGAAGCGCAGACGAGCCGGAGCCAGAGACCUUGCUCUUCUUCCAUUGUCUGGUCACUUCUGCAGGAUCCCUAGCAGCAGCAGGCAGGGCACUGGAAAGGCUGCUGCCAAGGUCCGGCCGCGAGGGAACCACCCUGCAUGCCUGGGCUGCGGCACUCGCCAAGCCCGAAAAUGCAGCAGGAGGCCCCGGUGAGGAUCCUUGGGAAGACCUGCCCGUGGCCAGCAUGCCUGGCUUCGAAGGCGAACAGGCGAGACGGCGGCGGCUUCAACAGCAUGAGGAGCAAGCAACUCUUCAAACUGCACGGAAUGCAGACACGAGAUGCUGCCCGAGAUGCCGAAAUCCCAUCGAGAAGAAUGCUGGCUGCGACGUGAUGACAUGUGGCGCACAUGCGCACCAUCAAGUGACUCAUCAUCACGGUUGUGGUCUCGAGUUCCACUGGAGUCAAGCGCUGCCAUACCAGCCGCAGAUGGAUGAAGCUCUAAGGCAACCUCCCGGAUAUUCCGCGAUCCUCGCUUGGGUGGCUCAAGAGCAAGACUUCGCUUCGCCUCAAUCGGCACAAGGUGCCGAGGCCGCCCUGCAGGGCCUUUCUCCCGAGGAUCGGCGUUAUGCCGUCGCCAAUGCUUGCGCCUGCGCCUUCCUCAAGCGGGACCAGACGCAGCCAGCUCUUGCACAGGCGCUGCUGGCUGAGCCAGCGGGUCCUCUGCGCCAAACACUUGGCCUGGAUGCGAAGCUGGCCGCGGUGGUGGCCCUGCUCUGCGAUACCACGCCGCUGCAAGGUUCGCAAAGCCUCGUCGCCUCAGUGCUGCUAGGACGAGACAACUGGGACAUGGCCGCUGCCGGAGACAGUGACAGCAAAACACAGAGACUUCGCAAUGCUGUGGUGAACCUUCUGGUGUGCGUGGUGGGCUCGCCGAACAACCACCACUUGAUGGUGCUCCUGCUUGAACCUCUCGCUUUGAAGGAUAGCUACCCUGUCGGAUUCAUCUACGGGCUUUGCCCAGGGCCGGAGGGAUACCACUUUGACUGCGGGUGCGUGCUGGACGACCAUGGGCGCCCAGUUGGGCACGGGGUCCGAAAUCGCGCCCCUCUUCAGAAUAUCCACCUGCACUGGAUCAACUUUUGCAGCUGGGCCAUGCUUUCGGUUGGACUGCUUGUGUUCCCCCAGAACUGCGACACCAUUGAUCAGAUUCUGACACUCGACAAGGUGCGAGAGGUGAACCCCAGAGUGCGUGGUGCAAGUUCACUUGCAGACAUGGCCCGCAGCUUUGCCAUGAACUAUGCCAUGCGUUGCUUCGAGUGCGUGUGCUCAUGCCAGGGCCUCACAGAGGAGGAUCGUUCCUUGGCCUUCACCCGUCUUUUUUGCAACUUCCGCAUGCGGGCAGUUGCCCGCCCGCCAGAAUUCCAUCGCACUUUUGCGACAGCUGCCGCCCGCGAAGCUUACGAGGAGAUCUGGCGCAGCAUCAUCGACAAUGAUCUCAUCGCUGCGCUCCCGGAGCUGGGGCGUGAAGCGUUGCGUGUCUCGAAGGCGCAGGCCCAGCUGGUCCGGCUGCAGGAGUUCCGUGCAUCCCUGAGCUACCUGCACAAGUUCUUCUGCUCCUUCAGAGCCUGCACUGCAGCAUUGCCCUGGGAGCCAGAGUUUGCAUUCGUUGCGGCCCUGGUGAACCGUCAGGAAGAGCUUGCUCACCUGCCUCUUCUCGGCCAUUUUGUGCAGAUACAGAACUGGAUCGGGGAUCGUCUGAACGGCUUGGUGCCAGCAAAGUGCCUGGACCAGCCGCUGUUCGCUUUGCUGCAGCUGCGAGAGCAGACGGACGACAAGAUGGAGUCUCGCAGCAACGCUCGGCACUGCCAAGUUACCCGCGCCUCACUUGAGCGUUUUAUCCAGGGCUGGAAGAAGUUCCAUGAAGCCAACCACGGCCAGAUCCCGGUCGAAUGCCAGGCCGGACGUGCAGCGCUUGGCCUGGAAGCAGAAGCGACGUAUCUGGAAGACAUAAGCGGCGAUGGGCGUGAGCUGCCGCUGAGGUUCUUCUUGAGUGAAGCGGGCGCCAAGAGCCAGCCGGAGCUGGUGGCGGAGUACCUGUGCAGGACUUGGAACGAGGUUGUGGAUGCAGCUAUGAAGGCCCUGAGCCAUCUGCAGAAGGGCCACGCGGUGAACUGGGCCACCCAGAUGGGCAGGCCCGCUCCCGUGUGGCUGGCGGACCUCUUCUUCCAGGAACAGCUGGUGGACACCCUCAGCAGUCGGGCCUUGGAGCGGGCCGUGCGGCGCAACCUGCGCAGCGCAGGCGAGGUAGCUCCGAGGAUCGACUGGCAAGGCGCCCAGCUGGAAAUCCUGAGCUCCUCUUGGAUCCAUCGCAUUCAGAAGCUGGACUUCCCACGACUGGAAGAGUUCAAGACGAAGCAGGAGGCCCCGCCCAAGGAGGAGGAAGGAGAGGAGUGCAAGGCCCUCAGCGAUGCGAAGAGGGAGGAGAUUCAAGACAAGCUGGCACGGAUGCCACUUGUCGAGCUGCAGAUGUGCCGGGAGGUCGUGGCCCGCAUCCUCUCGCAGCUGAGUGUGCCAGGUGCACCAGAGGCGACCUCCGUCUUAGACUUGCCGGAGAUUGCAGCACAGAUGUCACAUCUACCGCCAGCUGCGGUGGAUCUCCUCGAGGGUGUUCCGACAGCCGCCCUUCCACAGCUGUUGCGGCUUUUGAAAGAAGAGAACGGGGAAUUCAGCUCCUUCUCCUCUGUCCUCAAAGCACCUGCUCCAAUCGAUCUGCAGACUGCUUUGUGCAAGAGCUGGACGCCCCCCGCCAGUUUGCAAAGCACCUCGGAGCUGGCACGAAGGGAUGAGAUCCUUCGAGAGACGAUUACCGAGUUGGAAGAAAAAGGCUUCGUGAACCACCUGAUGAAAAAGGAGUCAGAGCCCCUCCGAACCUGGUAUGCGCAGAUUCAGCUCGCCCAGCCGGACGUGCCGUCCAGCCAUCCGCUCCGCGGGCUUACAGACGAUGUUCUAGGACAACAUCUAGUCGCAGUUCUGCAAGCACUUCGAGUCAUGCUCAGGGAAGUGCGGGCCAGAAAAGCGGAGCUGGAUCAAGGCAGCGUGUGGAAUCCACGUGAGGGCUUAAAGCCUUUGCCCAGUUGGGUCCUUGAGCAGGCAAGGGCGGAGACCAUAUCGACCUGUGUCAAAGGUGAUGAGAAGGGCUGGUGGGAUGGCCAACCAGACAGCGGCCACGCAGAGGCAGUGACCUUGCUGCCCGUUCUCAUGAACGCCGACAUCGAGGUGAUUGGCUUCAUGUGGUGGGCGUGUCAGGCGAAUCUUGAUGUCCCUGAUCAUGUGAAAGCCUUCGUUGCCGACACAACAAUCGGUGUGGUGUUGCAGCGCAGCGGGUUUCACGUGGACUCGAUUCAGGAAGGGAGGAGCCUCCAGGGCAGCGAUGCCAAACAGGAAGAUUGCCUGGACAGAUUUUUGGAGGUGUACGAGGCGCAGGUUGCGGCCCGUUCGCGUGACAGCAGCACUGCAUGGCAGAGGUCUCUCUCAGCUGUCAGACUCGUUCCCAUGGAGUCCCUGUUGUCAUGCAAGGACUCCAAGGAGUGCAACCUUGAAAUGGUCAGUGAGAAGCUGUGGAAUGUCACCGCUGAGAAGUUGGGCUCCACGGGCGAGUGCGUGCUGAAGCGAGUGUGGCAGCGCUUCGCAGAAGGUUUGGCCAGAGACUGCAACCCGGAGGUUGAGCGUGCAAUGAGUGCAGCCCUCGGAAAGCAGAUGCCCUGCAUACUGCAAGUGCCCAGAGAGGCCGAGGUGGCUGCGGUGGCAGGUCAAGAUGUUGUCCUGAAACACCGAGGGCAGUACUUCCAGGUCCUGCCUUCUUCGCAUGAGAUGAGCGGUUCCCAACCGGAUCCCCGUUUGGACCAGGCAGCGACGAUACUCCAGAAGUAUUGGCGCAAGAGCCGCAUGGGCAAGAGCAUGGGCUGCCUUCAAAAAUCCGAGAGAGAUGGUGCCGAGCCUGAGCCAGACGUUUUGCAAGGCAUGGUGGCUGGUUUCGAAGAGGCGGCUGCAGCACCUUCUCAGCAAGGCAGCAGGGCCGAAGAUGCGACCAGCACGCAGAUCCCGGAAGCAGACGCCCAGGUCAACCAUCCGGGACAAGAUACGCCUCACAUCACCGAGACUGCUGGGCCCUUCGAUGCUGGCGAGAAGAGUGAGAGCUUGCCUGAACCACUUCUUGAAAGCCUUCCUUGGUGCCAGCGCCCCACCCCGGGCGUAGCAUGUGGAGCCAAAGGUAGGGAGCUAGCGAGGACGAGUCAUCCUUCACAGAGCUUGGACGCGGCUGACGACGAUGCAAGGAGUUUUGCACAGAGCCUUGCCAGCGUGUCCUCCGAAUGGCAGGUCGUGGACGAGAAAUUGGAGCGGUUCGUGCUUUUGGCCGAAGAUGUCGAAGACAUGAGCGACCGAACGCUCCCAUAUACCCCAGAUGGGAGGUGCGCAGCAAAUUUAGAGAAAGCGAUGCAGCAGUGGUUUCCAGAUGAGCACCGUGACAAAGACCUUGCAAAGAUUGUGGCAGGGGAAUGCAAAAGGAGAGCCACCGUCAUCAAGGCACAGAACCAAAAGGCUGCACCUCUUGACUUGACGAAUGACGAGCUGUUUGCGCUCGUGGCGUACACGAUGGACGUGCGGAAGAAAGAUUCAAGCGUCCCCUGGGAUGUGAACUUUUCUUCCAGACUGUCGCGGGUGGUGCGCCGUCAUCCUGAGAGGAUCGACAUGGAGAUGUGUGUUUGCAUGGGCCACCUCAUCAAGGCUCUAAACAAGCGAAAGAAACAUCAAACUGUGUAUUGUGCGAUGACCUCGACCACCAUGCAGGCACUGAGGCAACGGAAGCCGAAGCUGCAGCAGGGGGAUGUGGUCGUUUUGCCAACGUUCAUGAGCUGCACCCCCAGCUUGGAGAUCGCUGUGCGAGCUGCCGGUGUGGACGGCGGCGUCGUGCGGUUGACUGCACAAGUAGGUGAUGUUUCGGAGUUUCGAACAGGCUGGGGUGAGGAAGGUGGAGAGUUCGUCCUCCAGCCCAACUGUCUCCUUAGCGUGAUGGGGGUCUCCGGAACAGGAGUCACUCCUGGCCAGCCGGUAGCGCUGGAACUUGUGGAGUUCGAUGAAGAGCAAGAGUUCUGA